AUGAGUCCCUCUACCUCCCCCCGCUCCUCCUCUCCCGAGGAGCAGCAGCAACAGCAACAGCAGCAGCAGCAGCAGCAGCAAAACCAGCAGCAGCAGCAGCAGGAAGAGCAGCAGCAGCAGCAGCAGCAGCAGCAGCAGCAGCAGCAGGAGGGGGAGCUGUCUCCCGAAUUCCCCCUCACCCCACACCCUUCUCCCGCAGACAGCCCUGCAGCAAGCAGCCCAUCAUCAUCAUCUAGUUUUGCUGCUGCUGCUUCUGCUGCUGAUGCUGCUAUCGAUGCAGCAGCAGCAGCAGGAGCUGCUGCUGUAGGGGGUGUUGCUGCAUGCGCUGCUGAGGUAUUGGUUACUGCUGCUGAGGCUGUUUCUGCUGCUGCUGCAGCAGCAGAUGAGGCCCCUGAAGGUGCAGCAGCACCUGCAGCAGAACCAGCAGCAGCAACGGAGGAAGCAGCAGCAGCAACACCUGCUGCUGCUGCUGCUGAGACUGUUGCUAUUGGUACUCCUCUAGCAGCAGCAGCAGCAGCAGCAACAGCAAUGGCUAUGGGUGCCCCUAUGGCAACAGCAGCAGCAGCAGCAGCAGCAACAGCAGCAGCAGCAGCAGCAGCAGCACCUGAAGAAACUCCAGCUGAGCGGGGCUCAUCUAGGUCAUCUUCUAGGUCCCUCAUCAGCAGCAGCAGCAGCAGCAGCAGCAGCAGCAGCAGCAGCAACCGCAGCGGGCUGCGUACCCCCUGCAGCAGCCCUGCUGCUGCUGCUUUCUCUAUGUCUCCGCAGCGCCAGCUGUCUGCGCCUCAGAGCCCCAAGGCCGAGGACUUAACCCCCAAGCUGCUGCUGCAGUUGCUAUUGGAGUUUGUGUUUUUUCUUUUUCUCUCUCAUUGCUGCUGUUGUUUCUAUGUGCCCAGUAGCAGUGAAUAUGUGGGAUAG